CGUUCCUGUAGAGACUCCGGUCCCGUUCUUACACCGAUUCGGACUCCAUGUUGUUCCGAGAGCCACGGAGCUAACAAGUGCCCUGGCCGAAAACUCUCACGUUGCAACUCUGUGUGUGCGAAAAGUAAAGUGUGUGUGUGCGUGUGAGAGUGUGUUGACCCUCCGAAAGAAGAUGGCAGACUACCGGGAAGACACCGGAGCUCGAGCCCUGCUCGCUCUACAGUCGGCACCAUGCAGUCCCGUGCGCGUCGCGGUGACCUCGCACUCCUAUCACCAGCCCUCGCUCGCCCUCUUGGGUCCUCCGAUGAUGGAAGCCCGCGCCGACGCCGGGAUGUUUCCCGUGCGACUUGCUUGUCCUCCUCUGCAGGCCUUGGCCAGACUCGAAGGCCGGGACUUUGAGUUUGUGAUGCGCCAGAGGACGGUCACCAUAGGCCGGAACUCGUCUCACGGCUCCGUGGACGUCAACAUGGGUCACUCGAGCUUCAUUUCACGGCGACACCUGCAGAUCAACUACGACGAGACGAGCGGUUUCUCCCUCCGGUGCUUGGGCAAGAAUGGGGUGUUCGUUGACGGGGUGUUCCAGCGGAGAGGGGCGCCGCCGCUGUCUCUACCCAGAGAGUGUGUGUUUCGUUUUCCCAGUACAGUAAUCAAGAUCCAGUUCAUGUCCCUCCUGCAGCCUGAGGAGCACAGAGAGCGGGAGCAGCUCUCUCUCCCCCCUCGCCCGCUUUUGCCCCACAUAUCCCCUCUCAAAAUCAGCAUUCCCACAAUGCAGCAGCAUGAAGAGAACAUCAGGGCAUUUGGCUCGCCGCUGCCCUCGCCCACAGGCACCCUCAGUGUUCCUAAUUCCUGUCCUGCUAGUCCACGAGGGGCAGGGUCAUCCGGGUAUCGCUAUGGACGUAACGUGACCUCUGACCUGCAGUUAGCAGCUGAAUAUGCUGCCAAGGCUGUUUCUGAGCAGAGACGAAGCAUUGCUGAUCAGAGAGGAGGGGGAAGUGAGCAGCGGGGGGAGUCAGCUGGUGGAGACAGCCCCAAGGAUGAGUCCAAGCCACCUUAUUCCUAUGCACAGCUGAUUGUCCAGGCCAUCUCUUCUGCCCCAGAUAAACAGCUGACUCUUAGUGGCAUCUAUGCUCACAUCACCAAACACUACCCCUACUAUCGCACUGCAGACAAGGGCUGGCAGAACUCAAUCAGACACAACCUGUCUCUAAACCGCUACUUUCUGAAAGUGGCCCGCUCUCAGGACGAGCCUGGGAAAGGAAGUUUUUGGCGUGUGGAUUCUGCUUCUGAGAGCAAAUUGGUGGAGCAAGCCUUCAGGAAAAGACGGCAAAGAGGGGUUGCUUGCUUUAGGACGCCAUUCGGACCCCUCUCUUCUAGAACAAAGAGUGCUCCUGCAUCCCCAACCCACCAGGGACUUCUUUCUCCGUCAUCCAGUGGGCUGCAGACUCCUGAAUGUUUGAGCAGGGAGGGCUCUCCUAUCUCCCACGACCACCACGAACAGCUGGUCAAUAAACUGGCAUCUGUCCCUGAAUAUAGGUACUCUCAGAGUGCCCCAGGAUCUCCAGUCAGUGCUCAACAUGUCAUCAUGGCUGCACCCCCCCACCAAACAGUCCUGCCCUCUGGCCCGGGGAAGACCAUUGCUUUCGUUCCAGGUGGUGGCGGCCAUGUCCAGCCCAUCCACGUGCUUCAGAAUCCCACUCAGUCCUCUGUCACCAUGUUGCGGGUGGUUACUAGCGUCCCUCUAACUUCCAACCCUCUGAAUGGGUACAGCGCUCCCCCUGUUGGAGGAGCAGAAGGCAACAGUGAAUUCAGAGAAGCCCAGCUUAACAGAGAGCGUGUGAUCCAGACUGUGGACAGUGCAGUGCAGGGCGGGGAUGGACGAAACCUAGCCCUAGGUUUACAUCAACUUCCUGUUCGUCCUGUUACCCAGAAUGGUAAACACACCACUGCUACUGUUGCCCCAGCAACCAGCCUUGCUAAUGUAUCUGGUCUGAGUAGUCCUCUCCAGAUCUUGGCUGCCCAGGCCUCCAGCUCCCCUCCAGUGCUGGUGAGCAGACAGCCCAGUGCAGAAACUUUAGCUGAGCAGUCAGAUGAGCCCCUGGCCAAGCGGCCAAAGGUGGAGGACGAGGGUGGGACUGGAUCUGCGCAGCAUCAAGUCCCACCUGCUCAGCAGCCUGUCAUUGUUGCCAUGACAUCACAAACCCAUGAUCCUAGGAAGUAAAACCCAAGGCCUCUUACCAGGUACCCAAUGGACAGCCUCCUUAUGGUCCCUUAACUGCUUCGCCUUUUAUACUCGUUUGAUAUGACUGCAGCCGACAAGGCCGAAAAAUGUACAGGCAGCCUCUCUCAACAAGGGAAUUAAAUUGUAAGGAAAGUAUAUUUUGGUCAAAAAUAGAUGCAAAUUUUAAAAUACAUUCUGAAUGUAAAAAGCAAGUAUUUCUUUUUCAGCUUUACAGUCUUUGUAUUGUAAUUCGUCAUUCACUGACAACACGAGUAAGAAUAUAAAGGUUAUUAAUGAAAGCAUUAUGCAUAUUAAAAUCAAAUCAGCACUA